AUGUCGUCCUCUAGGAAUACCGGCGACGCCCCUCGAAUGGAGUCCAAAUUCCAAAAAACCACCAAGCCUUCCGUGUUCGAGAAGCAAAAGGCCGAAGCCGAAGCCAAGCGCAAGCGAGAAGCUGCAGAGACCGCGGCCGUCUACGAAGAUUUCAUCAAGAGCUUUGAUCAUGAUGGCGACGAAGAUGCGGAACGCAAUGCCGCGUCGCAGCAGAACAACCGCCGACCUGGAUUUGGCACUCUUGGUGGUCCGCCGCCGCCGCCCUCUGGGCCCGGAGGAGCUUCGCGACGGCACUUUGGCACAUCGUCAGGGAUGAAGAGCGGGCCGGGGAGCUUGGGGAUGCCACCCAUGCCGUUUGCAAAGAAGCGCUCGUUCAAGGAUUUCUCCAAAGAGCCGGAGGGCAGGGCGACGCUGAAGUUUGAGGAUCAGAGUGACGAUGAGGAGAUGGUUGACCGCGCGGAGGAGAAGGCCAUAGCUAGGCCGACUCUACGGCUGUCGAAUCUUCCUCCGGGGAUAUCCCCUGCAACGAUUAAAUCACUGCUCCCUACCAAACUGACGGUCGAGAAUGUUAAGAUACAGCCUCCAGCAGGCCCGGGAGGAACCGAGAGAAAAUGCACAGUUGCCAUUGUGACGCUGUCCAAAGAGACGCCCGCAACUGAUAUGGAUGCUGCAGUAAGCGCGCUGCAGAAUCGGUACAUGGGAUACGGUUACUAUCUGUCCCUCCACCGUCAUCUUUCCUCAGCUGUCAGCAACUCUGCAUUGUCGGGCUUGGCUUCUUCUACUUCGGCAUCUCAGCCUUUUGGAGCCAAGCCGGUGGAACAAGAGUCCGCGGGUGGGCAUGGCGAUCACUCGCGCCAUGGAUUCCAAAGAGGAUUUGCUCCGCCAACUUCAUACUCCCAUGGACCUGGAUCUGUAAACCGGUCUUCGCUAUUACAUGUGCCAGUCAAGCCACCUUCAGAUAUUCGAAUGAUACGAUUGAUCAACAAGGUCAUUGAAGGUGUCCUUGAGCACGGCCCUGAUUUUGAAGCCUUACUUAUGUCACGCGCCUCAGUUCAAAGAGAAGAAAAAUGGGCCUGGAUAUGGGACGCGAGGAGUCAAGGCGGUGUUUGGUAUCGAUGGAUGCUUUGGGGAGUGGUUACUGGAUCACAUUUACAGCAGAAGAAAAAAGGCAGAUUCAUCCCGCUCUUUGAAGGAGGUCAUGCGUGGAAAACCCCUGAAAUAGGCCUUCGUUUCGAGUACACCACCAAGCUGGAUGAGUUCGUCUCAGAAUCGGAGUAUGAUUCUUCAGAGGAUGAAGACUUUGAUGGAGAUGCGAAUCGAGAGGGUGGUCCAACUGGUGACGAGGGCAAGGCGUUUCUUAACCCGUUGGAAAAGGCCAAACUGGUACAUCUUCUCUCUCGCCUGCCUACUUCCAUUGGCAAAGUGCGCAAGGGGGAUAUCGCGCGGGUAACGGCCUUUGCCAUUACGCACGUUAGUCGUGGUGCUGACGAAGUAGUGGACUUGAUAGUCUCCAAUGUUGAGCAGCCUCUAGCUUUGACCAUGACCAACGCCGAGAAGGGCAAGGAUGGUAAGGGAGAGCAACAAGCAACAGGAGCAGAAGAAAGCACGGCAAAUGAAAACACAGAUGCAAGCGCCGCUACUUUGGUUGGCUUAUACGUCAUCAGCGAUAUCUUGUCAUCGUCCUCUACGAGCAGCGUCCGACACGCGUGGCGUUACCGGCAACUCCUCGAGACGGCUCUGCGCAGCAGAAAGGUUUUUGAACGCCUAGGACUGAUGGCGGAAAAGCAGGGCUGGGGUCGAAUGCGUGCAGAAAAGUGGAAGCGAAGCGUUACCCUUGUUCUCAACCUUUGGGAAGGGUGGUGUGUCUUUCCGGUAGAGAGCCAUGCAAUGUUUGUAAGCGCAUUUGAGAACCCACCAUCUCUGAAAACACAAGACAAGCUGGAUGAAUCUGCCAAAAAGGGCAAAUGGAAGGCCGUCGAAGUCCACUCUAUAACUGCAACGUCCGAGGCUGCUGCUGUUGCUGCUGCUGAUACCUCGGUCAAAGAGGACGAUGCCGUUGGAGAACCGAUACAGGAAGAGGAAGAAGCAACGGGAGAGCCUAUAGAAGAAGACGAUCUCGACGGCGAGCCCCUCGCAGAGGACGAUCUGGAUGGAGAGCCAAUUGACGAUGAUGACCAUGUAGAUGGCGAACCCAUGGACGAGGACGAGGAUGAAGAUGAGAUUAAGGGUGGCGAUUCUGGGCAACAAGGGACCGACGAUGCUAAUAUUACGAAUACAACAAACGACACAGAAACGCAUCCAGCGGGCCGUGGCCAGCCUAAGAAACGAAUGCGAGCAGCUGAUAUGUUUGCCGAUUCUGACCACUCAGAUGGGUAUUAG